AAUAAAUAAAUAAAUAAAUAAAUUUACAUACCUUUCAUAAAUUGAAAACUUUUGUUUCGGUUCAGCUAUUUUUCUUCGCAAUUUAUUUAAUUUUCAAUUCACAGCUGUUUUCUCUUUUAAAUGCAACUCUAAACAAGCAAUACUAACGCAAAGUGUCAUCAAUUUUGCUUGCUUCUGACAGUUCUGAGAAAGCGUUUCGCGCAUCUCUUGUGCAUACCUAAAAAGAUUCUACUUUCGACUUAUUAACUGAAAACUAAUUGACAUCAUACAUAAUAGGUGCCCUAAUUUUUCGUCGGCAAUUAGAAGGCAACCUAACCUGUUAUUAUCAGUUGGCGUAGUUACCUUCAAAGUAUUGUUAUUUGCCUUAUUAUGUUGCUGCGAUUGUGUGAAAGUAAUCACAUAUAAUAUGUGCUUUUGCCAAACAACUGAAUGCAAAACCGAAAGCUGACUUUCAGCCAAGUGAUUAUCCCCACGAUUUAAAAUAUCGUAUAUUAAUUAUCUUUAUAAACGCGCGAUCUUCCCUUUCUCGUGCAGUCACGCAUCCAAUAUUCCUAAGCAAUAAAAUGUAAUCUACUGAAAAAAAAAAAAAAUUGUUAUUUCUUUUUUUCUUUCAACACCAGCUGGAGACGAAGUUUAAAAACUUGAAUUUAGCCCAAACGUAAUGUUUCUCGUGCUUGUUUUAAAAAUAUUUUCUAGAAAUGGAAUGCCUCAUCUCUGUUUUAAAUCCUUUACUUUUUCCCCAUUUUAUCUGCUAUGUGUAAAUGUUGUGCAUUUUCUGUAACUUACUAUGGCUUGGCGGUUGUCAGAAAAAUUCAGUUUCUCUCUUAUUUUAAUUUUUUGUUUGUUUUUUGUCUUUUUCGUUUUUCUCUUUUUGCUAUCAGUUUGUUAGUCUAUUCACAGUUCGAACUAGUUUAGCAUUCUUUUGUUUUCACUUAACUUUAACUAUAUUUUUAUUUUUCCAUUGUAGCUGUUUUUGUGGUUUCUACUUUGUUAACAUCUUGAAACAGUUAAGUGUCAUGUUCACAGACACGUAUACUGUUUAAGAUAGUAACGGUUAACGGUUUUGCUGGCAGAAGCACCAACUGUGUGAUCGUUCCCGUUUUAAAUAGAUUUGUAUGCAUUCAAGACAUCGUCUCAACGUUUUCAAAAGUAAAAAUUGAAAACGAAGGCGUAGUAGCUAUGAAAAAAAAUACCUAGUAUUAUGACAUGGUGUUGAAUUCUAUCUUAACAGGGAGAAGAAAAAUUUCGGAAUUUCAGUCCUUUUCGUGUAUACAAAGACGAAAGUUGUCACAGCAAUUCGAAACUAUCGGAUUUUCUCCUUCGCUACAUCAGCGUUUUUGUUUAUCUUCAAAAGCACAAACAAGCGAUGAAACAAAGUGAUUGUUUGUAUGUUAAUAUGUAGAAUAGCACUCCCAUCAAAAAUAUAAAAAUAAAUAAAAAUUAAUAAAAACAAUAUUCCGUUUCUAUAUUUAUCAGCAAAUUUUUAAUUGAUUUCAUUUAAUAUAACUCAAAAAGAGAAAAGUAUUUUAAAGUAUAUUUAACACAACAAUACGCAACAAUAAUACCGCACAAGGUUAUUUUAAUUGAAUUCUUUUUUAGAAAUCAAAAAAAAUAAAUAAAAAAAAUCAUUUGCUUAUUUCGAAUAUUCAUUAAAAUUCCUUCGAAAAAAAAAAGAGACGAUAGCGAUUAACUAAGUUUAUCGAAAUCAAUCGGCGAUGGCAACUUCAACACAUUCAACACAUUUCAUCAGCAUGACAUGGCUGCUGAUCGUACUAUUGACAGAGGCCAACUGUACAAUAGCUACAACCGAUCAUAUACCACAUCCUUGUGAUACAGUAAGUUGUCCAUCCUUAUCGGACUUAAGCUGCCCUAAUGAUAGUGAAGAGCGGCCAUUUUUGAUGCCAUUUACCUCUAGCGCAUCUUCAAAUUCUUCUGUGGUUAUCAAUGAUGAACUUUUUGCACAGUGUUGUCUAAAUCAAAAAUGUAUGUGCAAAACUUGCCAUAUACCCGAUUGCAACGAAGCGGGAGAGGUGGUUGUGGAACUAUCACCAGAAUCUAUGGACACGCCUGGAAAUUGUUGUGGCAAAUACGAGUGUCAACUUGAACCGAAUUGCACCGAACAUCAAAAUACUGACAGUUACUGGUUGACAAACUGUCAGCGUUGUAAAUGUUUCGCCGGUCAAAAUAUAUGCCAUCAGAUUUGUGAUGAAAAUUCGAGAAAAUCAGCCAUUUGCCAUUCAAAGAAUCUUAAUAAGUUCUUUGAAGACGGUGAUACCUGGAAGGAUGGCUGUUCCGAAUGUGAAUGCAUUAACGGUGAACCGAAUUGCGUGAUCACAUUUUGCCGCAGCGUUGGUUGCCCUCCGCAUUUACAAGUAACGCAAAACGACAGCUGCUGUCCCAUAUGUUGGCCCGAAGGUAUACCAAUGCCUAAUGGGCGGCUGGAUUACAUAGACGAAGAGGAUGGCGAUGAAGGUAACGAAUCCGACAAUCAUUACGAUGAAGAUGAAAAUAUACCUAUGGGAGCAAUUGGUACAGAUGAUUACCUGGAUCGAAAUAGCAAUGAACUUUUGCCAGAUAUAGUUUGGAACAUAACUAAUCGACCAUCUAAAUCUGACAAUUUCACCACAACAGUAUCUACUGGCUCGCCCAGCAGCACUCCUACAUCUGAUCCUUGCACGAAAGAGGAAACCCCGGCUGCUUAUCAAUUGUACCCUCAAGUUGUAGAGUUGAUGCGCUACAAUCAACAAAACGAUAUAUUAUACACUAUAAUCGCUUUACUAUCAAUAUUGGUUAUUGUCUUGGCUGCUUGGAAUAUCCAUUUAAAAUCUAAGCAGCGUUCCUAUAGACCGGUAUCAAAUUUCGAUGAUAAUUUUAAUAGAAUGUCUUCUAAUAUUAAGAAAAUGAAUGAUUACGUUUAAAACUAAUUUCUGUUAAAACUUAUGACAACAACAGUUAAUUCAAAACAAAGCUAAGCUUAAAGAUUAAAUUAAGUUAAUCAAUAUUACAUUUUGAAAUGAUUUUUUUCAUCAUUUACAAAUAUUUUGUUAUAAGAAGAAAAUGUUUAAAUCAUACUAAAUUUGAAGGCAGUUUGCACAUUUGUUUUUAUAAAUCAAAAAAAA